UGGCGAUGGCGUUGCCGCAUCGUUCCAAUCAUCAUUAGUCAAGGCGACAUGGCGUGUAUAUCUUAGGAUGCUUCUAAUGCUGCGUUUUUGCAGCGAACACAGACAAAAAAGACGUCUGACGCAGGACAAUGAUAAUAUGUCGCGAUGACUUGCUGUUUGCCGUUUGUUUUUUUUCUUCGGGACUUAAUCAUUUUAUGUAAAAAAAAAAAAAAAAAAUCUCCUUAUGGGCUACGGUAAGGUGCGGCGUUUCAAGUGGAUUGCUAAAAGCCUCAUUAUUAUAACAGUAAUGAUAUUUAGGACAAAAUUUAGACGCAAUUUGGCGAAAUUGAAGGUAAGUGAAAGCAGCAGUAGAUGUACAUAAUUUUCUCAGCAUCUGGAAAAUCGUAUAGGAAUAAACCUGCGCCCAGCAUUGUCGGUAAAUGGAAGAUAGCGAUUGUAUAAGCAUGUAAGGUGAAACCAUGGAAAGAUGAAGAGGGAAAGACUGUCCAAUUCAAAGGAAUGAUGAAGAAAGAAAUUCUGCAACCACAUAAUCGUUGAUAAACUGUGCAGUACCUAAUCAAUAUUGAUCCAUCGCUAUGAUAAACAAUAGGACUGUUCAGUCUCUGCCUGUGACAGAGCAUUGAUUGACUGUAUUGGACUUAAAGAACACAGAUCCUGUGACGCAAGAACAUAUCUCUCCAGUGCUGUUGUAAAUACAGACACAAUUGUGAGUUCUCAGAGGAAGAAACAAGGUAACUCUGCAAAGAAAGAAAGUGAUCAAUUUGAACUUUAUUUUUAUAUUUAAUCCACUGCUGCAGGACAACAUGCUUUAUAUUAUUUGAUAAAAAAAGACAGAAGAUUUUGGCUCUAAGUUUUCACCAUGCCUCGCAAUCAAGCUUUUUCUGAACCAGAGUACUCUAUGGAGUAUUCAGCAGACUGCUCUGUUACAUUGCCCUCUGACCCUGGGCAGGCUGUUGGGCGAUCACACGAGGUUACAGUUCGAAAUUCUGGAUCCUGCCUCUGCCUGCCACGGUUUAUGCGCCUCACAUUUGCACCUGAGUCGUUGGAGAAUCUCUACCAGACGUACUUCAGAAGGCAGAGACAUGAAACGCUGUUGGUGCUGGUUGUGUUUGCUGCUCUUUUUGAUAGUUACAUUCUUAUCAUGUGUGCAGUGGUUUAUACCUCUGAAAAGCUUGCGUCUGUUUCUGUGGCAUCUGUGGGUUUGGCAGGAGAUAUUAUUCUUUACCUGCUGUGCCGCUUUGGGUUGUUACCAGACCGGAUCUCAAGGCGUUUUGUGCCCUAUUCCCUCUGGGUACUCAUAGCAUCGCAGAUAUUUUGCCACUUGGGGUUAAACUAUGCUCGUUUCCACCAAGCCAGUGACACAGUGGGCUGGCAGGCCUUCUUCAGCUUUUCUUUUUUCCUUACGCUGCCUUUGAGACUGACACCCAUUGUGCUCAUCACUACUGUAUCCUGUGGUGUCCACACCCUGGUUCUUGGAGUCACCAUUGCUCAGCAGCAGCAGGAGAACAUCCAGGGGUCAACACUUGCCAGACAGCUGCUGGCCAACAUUGUGAUCUAUAUUUGUGCCAUCACUGUGGGUAUUACCUCGUACUACAUGGCUGACCGGAAGCAUCGGAAGGCAUUUCUGGAGGCAAGACAGUCACUGGAGGUUAAACUUAACCUGGAAGAGCAAAGCCAGCAACAGGAACGUCUCCUGCUCUCCAUUCUUCCGAAGCAUAUUGCAGAUGAGAUGCUUCAGGAUAUGAAGAAGGAGCCCAGUCAAAAAGAAAUGCAACAGUUCAACACCAUGUACAUGUACAGGCAUGAAAAUGUCAGUAUUUUGUUUGCAGACAUUGUGGGUUUCACCCAGCUGUCGUCAUCUUGCAGUGCCCAGGAGCUGGUGAAACUGCUCAAUGAGCUCUUUGCUCGCUUUGACAAGUUGGCUGCAAAAUAUCAUCAACUGCGAAUCAAGAUCCUGGGAGACUGCUAUUACUGCAUCUGUGGACUUCCAGAAUACAGGGAGGACCAUGCUGCUAGUUCCAUCAGGAUGGGCCUGGCUAUGGUGGAUGCUAUCUCGUAUGUCCGAGAGAAAACCCAUACCAAUGUUGACAUGAGGGUUGGAGUGCACAGUGGCACAGUACUUGGUGGAGUGCUGGGACAGAAGCGCUGGCAGUAUGAUGUUUGGUCAACAGACGUCACAGUAGCCAACAAAAUGGAAGCUGGAGGCAUUCCAGGUCGUGUUCACAUCUCACAAAGUACUAUGGAGUGUCUUCAUGGAGAGUUUGAUGUGGAGCCAGGAAAUGGAGGUGAUCGCUGUGACUACUUAAGGGAGAGAGGUAUUGAGACCUACCUCGUGGCUGUUCCUAAAGGUCCUCUGGGAAAAAAUGGAAUCAGUCCUGUGAAACUUUCAGUGACCUCUUCUAAUGGAAAUUCCCCACUAUUAGUCAACACAACAGAGUGUAACGGGAGUGUGGAGGCAGACGGCAACACACCUGAGGAACCAGAAGAGUUGGACACAAAGGUAGUAAAUCCAUCUUUCCCAAAUCCACGGAGAAGGCUACGAUUGCGAGAUCUGGCUGAAAGGGUUAUUGAUGCUCAAGAGAAUGAGCAAGAGCUUAACAAACUACUUAAUGAGGCUUUGCUGGAGAGAGAGACAGUUCAAGCUCUAAAGGGAAAACACACCAACAAGCUUUCCUUGAGGUUUGUGGAUCCUGACCUAGAGGUUCGUUUCUCUAUUGAGAAGGAAAAACAGAGUGGUGCUGCCUUUUGUUGCUCCUGUGUAGUUCUUCUCUUUACUACAGUGAUGGAGACACUUAUUGACCCCAGGCUCAUUAUAAACUACAUCACCUUUGCAGUGGGCGAGAUUUUGCUGCUUAUCCUGACAAUCUGCUCUCUUGCUGCCAUCUUUCCUGGAGUCUUUCCCAAAAAGUUGGUGUCUUUCUCGACCUGGAUUGAUCACACCCGUUGGGCUCGAAACACCUGGGCUAUGGCAGCUAUUUUCAUCUUAACCAUGGCAGACCUUCUGGAUAUGCUCAGUUGUAUACCUCGAGUCCCAGAUUCAGGCAGCACCACAGUGGCUCUUUCUUCCUCAUCUUCGCAGUCCAGGCUUGGAGGGUGCCUGAACAAUCCUAAAUAUUACAGCUUUAUUGCUGUACUUGCACUAAUAGCCACUACUAUGCUAGUUCAAGUCAGUCACAUGGUCAAGCUGACACUGAUGCUACUCAUAACAGCGACAACUGGCAUUGUUAACAUCUACAGUUGGAAAGACAUCUUUGAGCGGUACGAUAUGGUUCGCUUCCAAGAAUACAGCUCAGACAUGGUUCCUUCCAAGUUCACAAUGACGGUUAUGAUCUUCAUUAUGAUGGUCAGCUUAUAUUACUUCUCCAGACAUGUGGAGAAGCUUGCUCGCACUCUUUUCUUAUGGAAGAUAGAAGUCCAUGAACAGAAGGAAAAAGUAUAUGAAAUGAGGCGCUGGAAUGAGGCACUGGUAACAAACAUGUUACCUGAACACGUGGCUCGUCACUUCCUCGGUUCCAAAAAAAGGGAUGAGGAGUUGUACAGUCAGUCGUACGAUGAGAUCGGUGUCAUGUUUGCCUCAAUUCCCAACUUCUCUGACUUUUACACAGAGGAGAGCAUCAAUAAUGGUGGCAUUGAAUGUUUGCGGUUUCUCAACGAGAUCAUCUCAGACUUUGAUAGUCUGCUGGAUGAGCCCAAAUUCCGCUACAUCACAAAGAUCAAGACCAUUGGGAGCACCUACAUGGCAGCAUCGGGUGUCACCUCUGAUGUCAACGAUGGUUACAUCUGCAUGAAGAUGGAAGAGCAGUCUGACAGAGAGCGCUGGCAGCACCUGGCAGAUUUGGCUGACUUUGCUCUGGCCAUGAAGGUUACACUGAUGAACAUCAACUACCAGUCGUUCAACAACUUCAUGCUACGCAUCGGCUUGAACAAAGGUGGAGUGCUAGCUGGAGUCAUUGGUGCCCGGAAACCCCACUAUGACAUCUGGGGAAAUACUGUGAAUGUGGCGAGUCGUAUGGAGUCUACAGGGGUUAUGGGAAACAUCCAGGUAGUGGAGGACUGCUACAAUAUUUUGAAGGAGUAUGGCUUCCGCUUUGUGAGAAGAGGACCAAUCUUUGUGAAGGGAAAAGGGGAACUGCUCACAUAUUUUCUUAAAGGAAGAGACAAACAUGGCUCAUUUGUUAAUGGUUCAUCUGUCACUCUGCCACAUCAAGUGGUAGACAGUUAAAGUUCUGAGUUCUUCAAACAAUCUACAGUGUUUUGAAUGCUGCAACAAGCAAGGGAGAAACAAUUUGACAACUAAAAAUGUAGUAGAAAAGUCCAUUUAAUUAUAGAAAUUUCAGUCAUGUUCAUCAGUCUGCGAUCCGUUAUUAAAGUAGGUUGUUCACUUUGAAAAGAUGAGAAGAUGGAUGCCCACAUAUUGUUUUUUCCAUAUUCAUUCAUAUUCAUAACAAUAUUAAAUAGAAAAUAGCAGUUGGUAAUGCCAUGCAUAGUUUAAGCUAUUUAAGACAUUUAUGCGCACUGUUUAAAAAACACAUGACCUUUUUUAUUAUUGUUGGAAUUUAAUCAGACUAAACCUUUGUUUUAGGUCAGUUAGGAUUACAGGAGUAUUAACACUGCAGGUGUAUAUGGUAUGCACAAAGAAAAGGCACCACUUUUCUUUUUCUUUUAUUAUUUUCCUGUGGCUGAACUGAUAAAUUGGCUAAUCAGCAGAAAAUAAUGCAAAUAAUAACAUGUUUAAAAUAGUGCAACAACUUGUAUUCAGUUCUUGUAUUUAAAGUAAACAUAAAGAAUCCUGCACAAGUACUGAGA